AUGGGAACCAGUUCAAGCAGCAAGCACUCGCAGUCUAGUGCUACGUUCCAGCAGAGGGCGGGCCUUCCACACAGCAGCAACUGGGCACGACCAACUAUAGAGGGCGCCACUUACGACUGGCAACAUAUUAUGAAUGUUUUGAAGAAACAACUAAAUCACAAUGUUUAUUCAUGCCGUCAAUCUACCCGUUGCCAUAAGUGUAAGAAAAGACACCACACACUUCUGCACCCUGAAACUGUCAACACUGUUGUGACUGAUAGUCCAGCAGAUGUAAAUGUAGUAGCUGCUACUACAGCUUCUACAUCUUAUCAAGGUGAGUCAACCACCCCUGUUUGUUGUUAUGCAAAUACUCAUAGUCAAGGUUUAUUAGCCACAGCUUUGGUCAAUGUCGAGUCGAGAUCUGGAGCUGCCUUUGUUUUAAGAGCCUUGAUGGAUCAAGGCUCUCAGGUUUCCUUUAUCACGGAAUCUGCAGUCCAGCUUCUUGGCUUGAAAAAGUUACCUGCUCAUGCCGACAUACUCCGUCUAGGCGAUGACGAAGGCAUUUCAAUGCCUUCCAAGUGGAUUGUUAAGUUUAAAUUGCAGUCUCGCCUAGACCCCAAUUUUGUUUUAUAUGUCGACGCGUAUGUUUUAACAAGGCUAACCUCACACCUUCCUGAGCGAAGGAUCGUUCAGGCUUUGCCGUUGGUUUCGUCCUUGGAGUUGGCGGAUCCCUCAUUCCAUACUCCAGGCAAUAUUGAUUUGCUGUUGAGCACUAGAGUGGUCGGCGCUGUUCUGGAGGAAGGACUGAUAAGAGGACCGCCGGGAGCACCAGUUGCUCAAAGGACUAAGCUCGGUUGGAUUUUGUCUGGCGAAGUCCAAACCGUAACUCAAAAGCCGGCUUGUUACGGCGUAGUUGUUAAUACACAAGUGAAUAUCAAUGAUCUUGAGUUGGAAGAGUCGGAAGAUUCUUCACAUUUGGGGGAUAUUUUAACUGAAGAAGAACAGAAAUGCAAAGAAUUUUAUUCUAAAACUACCAAAAGAGACAACACGGGUCGUUACAUCGCUAGAUUGCCUUUUAAGACAGACAAUCCCCAAUGCAAGAUUGGUAAGUCAGAGGACAUAGCUGGUAAACGUUUUUGUAAUUUGGAAAGAAAAUUAACUCGCGAUCCUGAAUUUGGUAAAGAAUAUAAGGCUGUGAUUCAAGAAUAUCUUGACCUAGAGCAUGCUGAGGUCGUACCUGAAUUAGAAGUUUCAAGAGAUUCUGUAUAUUUACCCCAUCACGCAGUAGUGCGUACUGAUAAAAGCACUUCUAAGGUCCGGGUGGUUUUCGAUGCGUCCUGUCCAGCUAGAAAUGGUGUUUCGCUGAACUCUGGAGUGAUGAUAAAAAUAGCUGACGAGGAUGUAGAUUAUCAACGCAUUUUGUGGCGUGACAACACGCAGACUGAGUUACAACAUUUGCGUUUGUUGCGUGUAACUUUUGGUACAUCCUCGGCUCCAUACUUAGCUGUGCGUUCCUUGCAGCAAUUGGUUCAUGACGAAGGACAUAAUUUUUCCUUGGUAGCAAAACGUGUUUUGCCAGAUUUUUAUGUCGAUGAUUUUCUGCCUAGUUGUGAGACUAUUUCUGAAGGCGAACAGAUUCAUCGUCAGAUCUCCGAGUUGUUGAGUCGUGGAGGUUUUCAACUUCAGAAGUGGUCCGCCAAUCGUGAUGAACUGUUACUCAAGAUAAGAGAUAGAACGUGUGAUGGUAAUGUGAACAUUAUCUUCGAAAGCAACCAUGCUAUGAACAUCUUAAGUCUAACAUGGGAUCGAAGUUUUGAUGAAUUUCAAUACACCGUCCAUCUAUCUACUUUGAAGACUCCAGUAACCAAACGACGAGUGGUAUCGGACAUAGCACCUAUAUUUGACCCACUCGGAUGGAUCUUCCUAGUUGCUAUAACGGCUAAAGUGUUUAUACACCGACUUUGGCUUUCGGGUAUUGAAUGGGAUGAGGAACUUCCUCAGCAGCCUUUAACAGAUUGGCUCGUAUAUCGAGACAAUUUACAUAAACUCACCCAAUUUCGUUUGAACAGGUGUAUUCACACUAGUCGACAUAAUAUUGAGCUCGAACUACAAGAUUUUUGUGACGCUUCCAAUAGGGCAUUCUUGGCUGUGGUCUUUUUGCGUUCGGUUGGUUCCAACGGCAAUAUUCAUAUUAGUCUCAUAGCAUCUAAUACCAAGGUAGCCUCUGUCAAACAGGUGUCCAUACCUCGGUUGGCGUGGUGUGGCGCCGUAUUGCUUGCGAAACCUCUAAGGGAAGUUUCAGUCACAUUAAGCGCUUCUAAAAAUAAUUUACAUCCGUGGACUGACUCUUCGGUAGUUUUGGCAUGGCUGACAAGGAACCUCAGCCGUUGGAAAACCUUUGUCGGAACCCGUGUUUCCGAAAUGCUCACUAUUAUGGAUCAAUGGUCACAUAUUCAAUCGAAAGACAACUCUUCAGAUUGCGCUUCGCGAAGUGUUAGUCCAAUGGAAUUAUUGGAACUCGAGUCAUGGGUGAAGGGAACUGGUUGGCUCAAAAUUAAGGUUAUUGAAUAUAGCAAGAAUGAAAUUAUAAAAACACAUCUUGAAGAGAAGAAGGACAAAAUUUAUGUGUAA